AUGGCAUCCAGCUCUGAUGAGGGCGAAAUCAUUGAGGAGGGAUAUGGGGAUUUGAAGGCAACUUCACUUGCACGCCAUUCAGGAAACGGUAUUGACCGCCAAGACAGACCCCGAAGUAGACAAUCGUCUCCAGAUCACGAAGGUGCUUCCAAAAACAGCGGCUCCACCCGCCGAAGCCGCUCGCCUCGCGGAUACAAACGCAUUCGCGACGAUGGAGACCAGUACACCCGAGGACGUGACCGAGAAUCCAGGCAUGUCCGCGCUCGCUUCGAUGAUUCCAUUAGAGGUGAUUAUCGCAGAUCACGCAUCUCUUACGACGAUCUAGAUCGACCGAGCGCAACAUCAGGCCACCACUACGACCGGCGCUAUGAUGGUGAAAGGGAUCGCGAACGGGACCGCGACCGGGAUCGCGGUCGUGGCCGGUUUUCCGACAGAGCGGGUCGUUCUCGGAGUCGAUCGCCCCAUGCAUCACAACGAUUGGGUAGGUCGGAUAACAGAAGUUUUGCACAAGAGCGCCGGAAUUACGAUCGUGACUCGACCGAGACUUUGCACUAUGGCGAUGACCGACGUUCUCGAGCUGACAGAGAGCUGCCUCAGCGGGUUGCAGUAAAGGAGCACUCACCUGCCUAUAACAGUGUCGUUGAAGAGCGCACGAAGCCGCCAAAGGGUAUUAUAAAACCCAGCAGCACGUUUGCCGAGCCUGAUGACUACGAAGAGCCGGAACCGAUAGACGAGGACGCUGAAAUCGAGCGUCGCCGGCGGCGUCGAGAGGAACUGUUGGCGAAAUCUAGCUCGGCCACUCCUCUUCUUCUACAUGCUGUCGGUGCCUCUGCAGACAAGAACGCUCGAGGAGCCUCCCCUGCAUCCUCACAGCCGGACACGCCGCAAAUAUCAUCAUUCGAGGGCGAAACCCCUCGUACACCUCGAUCCGACUUCGCAUCCCCUCAUUCGCCCGAGCUAUCACCUGAUGGAAUCAAUUUACUCAGCGACAAGGACCUCAUGAACACUCACAGCAAUGCGAAGGCGGAUGACCAGGAUGGACCUUCAGCAGCCGAUUACGACCCGACAGCUGACAUGAAAGAAGACGAGCGUCGAGACGAGCUCAGACAUGGUCACACAGUCCUACACGGUGAGAGCGUAACUGAAACAAUUGAAACGAAAAAUGACAACGCCAAGGAUGAUGCCGCCAGCUCAUUGGAAAAUGCCGAAGACGAUGACUUUGACAUGUUUGCUGACGACAUUGACGUUGACAACUAUGCCAGCAAGCAGACCAAGGCCGCUGCUGCCACGGCUGGUGCAGAUGGCCCAGCCCAAGCAUCGCAAGCCGACGACAAAGGUGGUAUUCUGGAAGGCGACGAUAAAGACGGAUAUUACAAGAUAAGAAUCGGUGAGAUUCUUGAUGGUCGAUAUCAAAUCCAGGCAACUCUCGGCAGAGGCAUGUUUUCUGGUGUUGCUCGCGCAGUUGACGUCACAACCAAACAGGUCGUCGCUAUCAAGAUGAUGAGAAAUAAUGAUGCGCUACGAAAGGGCGGAUACACCGAGAUUGCCAUCUUGCAGAAACUUAAUGAUGCAGACCCAGAGAAACGAAAACACAUUGUCAAGUUCGAGCGGCACUUUGACUACCGCGGGCACUUGUGUAUGGCAUUCGAGAACCUGAGUAUGAAUCUGCGUGAGGUUCUGCGCAAGUUUGGCAACAAUGUUGGCAUCAACCUGGGGGCGACAAGAACUUACGCCUAUCAAAUAUUCGUUGCUCUGGCCCAUAUGCGAAAAUGCAGCAUCAUCCAUGCCGAUAUCAAACCAGACAACAUUCUAGUCAACGAACAGCGCAAUGUCCUCAAAAUCUGUGACUUGGGCACUGCAAUUGAUAAGUCUGAUGCCGCGACAGCACACAAUCAACUCACGCCGUACCUGGUCAGCCGGUUUUAUCGGGCGCCAGAGAUUAUCCUAGGCAUGCCCUACGAUUACGGAGUUGACAUGUGGUCUAUCGGAUGUACUCUGUAUGAGAUGUAUACGGGCAAAAUCUUAUUCACGGGCGACAGCAAUAAUCAGAUGCUCAAGGCCAUCAUGGAGAUACGCGGCCGCUUCACACCAAAGCUGUUUCGUCGGGGGCAGCUUGCGGCGGCACAUUUCGAUGAGCAGGGUCAGUUUGUGAGUGUCGAACGUGACAAGGUCUUGGGAAAGACGGCGGUCAGAACAUUGGCCGUGGUGAAGCCAACGCGAGAUUUGCGAACCCGGCUCAACGCUGCAUCGACAGGGAUGAACGAUGCCGAAGCCAGGCAUCUCAACCACUUCAUCGACUUGCUGGAGCAAUGCCUCGCGCUGAACCCAGACAAGAGAAUAUCUCCAAGUGAGGCGCUGAAGCAUCCCUUCUUCGCGUCCAAGACGGCGGCAAGCAACGGAAGGCGGUAA